CAUGUUCUCUCAGGUUUGGAUAGUCGGCGACUUUAAUAAGUGGUGAAAAAUCCUGCUAGAACUAGAACAUUCUAUUACGCCUCUUUUGGUUUUCCCCUCACCACGCAUACGGUAUAUGGCCCUUGCGCCAAAACUGGAUUGUAGAACCCAGACAAUGCAGGGAGGCAGAGGUGGCAGAGGUGGCAGAGAUCCUUUCUUUAAUUUUGGUGAUCCUUUUGGCGGAUUUGGCAGUUUUGGGGGCCAGCCGAGUCUAAUUCCCAAUUUUUUUGGAGGAAGGGACCCAUUUGAUGACCCUUUCUUCACACGCCCAUUUGGUAGCAUGUUUGAGUCUAGCUUCUUUGCUCCAGCUGGAAGGCCUUUCGCUGAAAUGCCUGCAGCUGGGUUUCUGGAACAUCAAGUACCCCAGCCCAGUAGGCCGAGGGGACCUAUUAUUGAAGAAAUAAACUCUGAUGAUGAGAGAGAAGGAAAGGAGAAAAAGGAUAAUCCAAGAAAACAUUGUAGGUCUACUGAUGAGCCUUAUGUUGAGGAUCCGGAUGAUGAAGCUGAAGGAAGGAAGAGCAAGCAUAUGCAGUAUAGGAAUGCCUACAAUAGAGUGGAUGGAAUGAGGCCACAGCCUCAAACUCAUAGUUUCACUUUUCAAAGCUCCACUGUCACUUAUGGUGGAACAAACGGAGCAUACUAUACUUCAUCUAAAACAAGGAGGACAGGGAGUGAUGGAUUGGCACUUGAAGAAAGCAAAGAAGCUGACACUUCUACAGGUCAAGCAACUCAUAACAUCUCUAGGGGAAUUUAUGAUAAGGGUCAUUCUGUCACAAGGAAGCUCCACUCUGGUGGUAAUGUGGACACAAUGCAGACACUGCACAAUCUCAAUGAAGAUGAACUUGCUGGUUUUGAUGAUGCUUGGAAGGUAAAUGCAAGAAAGCAUUUGCCUGGUUGGUCUGAGAAAUUCAAUGCUCUUGAUAGCUGUGGGUCCUGCAGCAGUGGACAGAACAGUCAGGCAGGAGGAGGUGGUUGGGCCCUUCCAUCAACAGAGCACUUGUCACAACCUGCAGGAGAAAUGAAUCCACGCAUGGGGGAGAGGGCAGGUUCUUCUCAUGCUCACUUACAGCAUGCUGGACCGGAAAAAACAGAAGGUGCAUUCUGGACGGGUCCAUCUAGGGGAAGAGGGUGAGCUGCUAUCACCCUAAAUAUAUAGAAUCAACGAGAAGUUUAAAAUCAUGAGGGUAUAUUGUCCUUGUUAGUUGUUUAGGAUUGAACUGAUGACGGCUUGUGGACCAUGCUUUUAAUCUGCUGGAUAUGAUAUGAAGUCCAGUGUGAUAAAAAGGUAUUACUUGAAGAUCAUUAUGUUAUUUUGAAUUGAGUUGAAUGCUUUAGUUUCCACUUCAGCUCCAGAGUAAAGUUACUGCUGUUUUUAA